AUUCACAGAUGCUGUGAUGACAGACAGCGUCAAGAGAAGCUCAACUUCUCACCCUAACAACAGAGCUUUUCCAUCAGUGGGGGUGUUCUCCGAGUAUUUUUUUUUUUUCAUUGCUGCUGAGACAGGGGGGAUGCUGUUCUCCAUUCCGACUUAGGUUGCAUCCCUCAGUCUUCUUAGCUGAAACUGUGCUGCUCCUGCAUUUACUGCCUGGAGUUUGAACAGGAACAAAAAGUCAUCUGACGGCUAAGCUGAUCUGACACUGAUCAGUCCUCCAGCCAAACCAUGAGGUUGGUGGUCCUGCUUUGUCUGCUGGCACUGGGCAGCGGCAGCAGCAAACACUACCAGCGAGUCAACAUCAUGGACUUCAUGAGAAACUACGACGUCAUGAUGGCAGAUUCGAGGGAUGACAAUGACGACGACGAUGAUGACGAUGACAGCCAUGACCGUGAUUACUACGGCAACUGUCCAAUGGAUUGCCAUUGUUCACCAAGAGUGGUGCAGUGCUCCGAUCAAGGUUUGAUUAACGUCCCUGCAAAGAUUCCUGACAGCACUGUGAUGAUUGACCUCCAAAACAAUGAUAUCACUGAGAUCAAGGAGGAUGAUUUUAAAGGCCUGGACAAGCUUUAUGGCUUGUUCCUCAUCAAUAACAAGAUCUCAAAGAUUCACCCCAGGGCCUUCAAGAACAUGAAUCAUCUUCGACUGCUCUACCUGUCCUACAACGUGCUGACAGCGAUCCCGGCCAAUCUGCCACCCAAUGUCAUCGAGUUGCGCUUCCAUGAAAACAGAAUUAACAGGAUUCAAAGAGAUGCCUUUAAAGGCUUGAAGAAGCUCCAUGUUCUAGAGCUGGGCGCCAACCCUCUGACCAACAGUGGGAUUGAACUGGGAGCUUUCAAUGGUUUGUCAACGCUCUACGUUGGCAUGUCGGAGAGCAGGCUAACGGCUAUACCCAAAGACCUGCCCACUUCCAUCACGGAGCUAAACCUCGAGUACAACAAGAUCUUUAAGGUGGAAGUCGAAGACCUCAUCAGAUAUAAAAACCUGCAGAGACUGAGCCUGGCUUUCAACCAAAUCAAGUUUGUGGAGAACGGCAGUCUUGCAAAGGUCCCCAACAUCCGUGAGAUCCACCUGGACAACAACAUUCUGAAAAAGGUCCCACCAGGUCUCAAUUCCCUGCGAUACCUCCAGGUUAUUUUCCUCCAUGCCAACAAAAUCACCAGCGUUGGAAUCAACGAUUUCUGCCCCAUCAGAUUUGGCGUCAAAAAGAACUUGUACUCAGGCAUCAGUCUGUUCGCAAACCCUGUCAAGUAUUGGGACAUCCAUCCGGCCACCUUUCGCUGUGUAGGCGGACGAAGAGGCAUUCAGCUCGGAAACUUCAGGAAAUAAUAAGGGAGGGGAAACGAUGCCUUCAAGACAACUCAUAAAAAAUGGACAUCUGCAGAUACUCGUUUAACAGCAUAACAGGGGAGAGCUGGAAAACCAAUCUUAAACGACAUCUAUGUUUAUUGAUAGAAAGUCCGACCCCAAGACUCUCCUCUCUGCUUUGCUAGGUACACAACUUGCGCCCCUCCCCUUGCAGUCAGUUUUCCUAUAAAUAGAGCGCCUCCCACAGACCACACCAAGAACUGCCAAACAACUUGAGUAGUUUUACAUGCUACAUUCUACUGGGUAUAAUAACAUUGUACAGUAAACCUCGGAUAUAUCGGAUUCAAUUGUUCCCACUGGUUUUGUCCGAUAUAAGCGAAAUCCGUUAUAUGCGUUUACGGGAAAAUGUCCGUUUUACGCAUAUAUCGGAUUUAUAUCCGGUAUAUGCGUAAAUCGGAUUUUAUCCGUUAUAAAAAGGCACUUCCUUGACUAUGUUUCCAAUGUACCUGGACUGGGCAAUGAAAAGAGACGUAAGGUAAUGAGAAUUGAACUUUAUUGGACUCUGAGCAUAACAAAUUGUUAAUUAAGCUAGGCCCUGUUACGCCCGUCAGGCCUACGUUAUUUCCAAUAGUGAGGUUAAGAUCUCAUUCACUGCUGUGCUAGUAUUAUUGACGUCACUCACUUUUAUAUUUGUCCUAAAUCUGGAGCCAGGAGAAAGACAAUAGCCAGUGACAUCAACAAGAUUAGCAUAACGAUGCGGCCAUCCGAUAUAUGCCAGGGAAAUUUAAUGGAAAUGCAUUGGAACGGGACUGGAGAUUUUGUCCGAAAUAGGCGAAAUCCGUUAUAAAAAAUCCGAUAUAUGCAAUGAAUUUUUAUUGGAAAUGCAUUACAGAAAAAUCGGUUCUUUUUUAUCUGUCCGUUGUGAGCGAAUUUCCGAUAUAUCCGAGUCCGAUAUAUCCGAGGUUUACUGUAUGAGGUACUGUUGAGUAGAAAAAUAAGCUUAAGUCGACUCUGUAACUUUCCUGAAAUACGACAAACAGAUAAUAUUAUAAUAUUUUCUGUCUUUGUUAUAUAUUUUAUUUUGAUGAAUUUUCAAUAUGGGGCAUUGUUGGCCAGUUGUGAACUAUCUGGCACUUAAAUCUCUUUUUUUUUCUCUUUUUUUUUUUAAAUCUUUUUUUUUUACAAGUUUUCCUUCCAGCAAGUCUGUAUUCACUGGAGGAUAUUGGUGAUAUUUAGUGCAAUAAUUGACUCACAAUCCCAAGGUUUGUUUCUCUUUUAUAUGAUAUCUACAUACAGUACAUGUUUUGGUAUUUUAAGAAACAUGACAUUUGCCAUCAUGUGAAAGUGUCCUCAGCAGGGCUGGGGAUAUACAAACUUUAAAAACCCCAAAUGCUUCUAAGUUUGAAUUAAAUGCGGCAACUAAAUUAAUCACAUUUAAAUUAUAAAUGUGUGGAAAUGAUCAGCAUGUCUGUAUAUCUAUUUUGUAUGGAGUACUUGUUAAUACAAACAAGUGUUGCCAUUUUCUCCAGUGUCCUCUCCUCUAAUGGUGCUAUAUUUAUUGAGUAUGUCUUUAAAUAAACAUGGAACACCUUCCCAGACAAAUCCGAGU